AUGCCGAUCAAGUACAGCUGCGUGAAUGAUGAGAUGAGGCUUCUGGCCGAGCAUCCGGCUGGCGAGCAGUCGAAGCUUGCCGAGACGAUGCAGAAGGUCAUCGCUACUGUCCCGCCCAAGGAGUACCGCCAUAAGACGAUCGAGGACAAGGAUGGUGGCGUCAACUAUAACUACAUCAGCAACGGCGAGGGGUGCAUCGUGGCAUGCGUGACAACAAGUGACAUGCGUAUGCGUACCGUCUUCGCGUUCCUAGAAGCUGUCGAACCACUUGUUCGAGGGAAUGUCGGUUCACAGGGAUCUGAGUUACGCAAUGGAAAGAAGCUACUACAGCAGAAGAUGGAGUUCUACAACAACCCCCAGAACGAUAAGAUCACCGCGCUGAACGAUGAUAUCAAUCAGGUAGUGGAUGUCAUGAUAGACAACAUGGACAAGGUGCUAGCGCGUGGUGACCGUAUCGACACGCUGCACGAAAAAUCCUCAACUCUGGCGGAUCAGGCGCAGCAAUUCCAGCGGCGCUCGACGGAGCUAAAGCGGAACCUGUGCAUGAAGAAUCUGAAGCUCACCCUGAUGAUUGCCGGUGCCGUGAUUGUAAUGCUCAUCAUCAUUGUUCUGAUCGCUUGCAAGCCCAACUUUUCGCGCUGCCGUUAA